AUGCCAGGUGUGGACGGCAGGGAAAUCAAGCUAAGCAGAGGACGAUUCCUCGGUGGCUGUAGUGGAUGUAACGGCACCUUGUGCAUCCGUGGAUGCAAACAGGACUACGAUGAUUGGGGUCUUGAGGGUUGGAGCGGAGAGGAAUUCUUCAAGUGCAUGUCAAAGGCCGAAACAUACCAUCCGAAGCCGUGGCUGGAAAGCGCGGAAGGUGUUCAUGGAACAUCAGGCCCCAUUCAUACGGAACCCCACGAUCUUGCCCCGAUUUCGAAGCGGAUUUUGGAUUCGUUCAUUUCCAAAGGCAUUCCAUACAAGGGAGACUUAUUCUCGACCGGCGAAGCGUCCCAUGGCUGCGGCCAUGUUGUAAGGACUGUACACAAGGGGCUUCGAUCAACUGCUGCUGACUACCUUACCAAAGGCAAUCGCAAGAAUAACGUAACUAUCCUGUGCAAUACCUCUGUUGAUAAGGUUAUUAUUGAGCCCCGUGAAGGCAGCUUGAAGGCUACAGGGGUUGCAACCAUCUCAACCACCGACAAGACGCAUCGAACUUUCCAAGCGACACGGGAGGUUAUCAUUAGUGGCGGUGCCUAUUGCAGCCCAGCUAUUCUUUUGCGAUCUGGAAUUGGGCCAAAAGAGGAACUCGAUAAACAUGGUGUCCCUUGCAAAAUCAACCUCCCUGGUGUUGGCAAGAAUCUAAUGGACCAUCUCAUUGUAGCUAUCUUUUAUGAGACUGAGGAAGGUCUCACAAACGACCAUCUCGUCUAUCACGAAGGCGCCUUCGAAAAGUCCUACUCCGAGUGGAAAGAACGCAAGUCGGGUUUCUUGUCUUCGUUCCCUUUUGGAGCCUUUGCCUUUGCCCGUGUUGAUGAUCUCCUAGCAGAUGUGCCGGCCUGGAAAAAUGCGCCGCGUGAGGAAGGGAGAGACCCAAUGGGACUCGCCCCAUGCCAGCCAAAUAUUGAGCUAUUCAACACCGAAUGCUAUGGUGGACCGAAACACUACAACAUUUUCCCAACAAACAGCCAUACCUUCUCCUUCAUUGCCGAACUCUUUGGCCCUAGAUCUCGUGGCUCUGUAACUCUUAAAUCAACAGACCCUCUUGAUCCACCCGCAGUAGACUGCAACUACCUUGAUGACCCGCUUGAUAUGCUUGUUAUUACUGAGGCCUGCAGGUUGGGGAAUGAGAUUCUCACUGAAGGACUUGGAACGAAGGAUAUUAUCAAGGGUUCUUGGCCUCCAGAACUCAAGCACCACACCUUCAAGACCAGAGAUGAAUGGAUACCUUAUGUCAAGGAGCAUGGAACAACUUGCUAUCACCCUGGCGGAACUUGUGCCAUGGGUAAAUCAGAUAAUCCAAAUGCGGUCCUUGACGAGAAAUUGCGUGUACGAGGCGUUGCUGGCUUGAGAGUUGCAGACUGUAGUGUCAUGCCCACGUUGCACGGAGGACACAACCAGAUGCCAGCCUACGGAAUUGGCGAAAAAUGUGCAGAGAUAAUUAAAAAGGCCAACUAG